AUGAGCUAUGAAAACUUAAAUGACAUCUUUGACAUCACCAGGUUAACGUUCAAGUACCCAUGGCUGGAUUAUCCAACUAGGUCCAAAGAAUUCAGAAAAGCCAUGGCUCCCGUUCACCUGCCCUUGUCCUGCUACAAGUUGCCAAAAGAAGAGUUUCCCCCGAGUCCAGAGUGCUGGAGGCAGCAUCCGAGCAAGCGAAAUGCGACCCCUUUCUGCCGGGCCAACAGACCGGAGCUCUGCACAGACUGGCGCACUCUGAACGACCAGCGGAGGGAGCGGGAGGCGCAGCAGAUCCUGCGGAAGAGGAGAAACGUCCCCAGGUACUUGAAAGAGGAACUCAUAGACAGCCUGAACUCUCCAAGAGAGGACGAGCAAUGCUAUGCAGCCCAAGCGCUGGGAUGUCUGGGCAUCACAGACAAUUCUGUCAGGGAGGCGCUAUUGAAGGUGGCCAAGACUGGUCCACAGAAAGUGAAAAACGAGGUCUGUCGAACCCUGGCUAUCCUGGGUUGCCUGAACAAGUGUGUGGUCCAGACGCUCAUCAAACAGUUGACAGGACAAGAUGAGCAGCAGAGGAUGGAGACGCUGAUUGUGUUGAGAGUGGCUCUGAACUCCUGGGCUGCUAUUCCUAAAGACCAGCAGUCUGAAGUCGGAGGUGAAGAAGUGCUAGUGCGUGUGCUACAGAUGCUGAUGAGCAGCUCAAAGACCACAGCAGCCCUGGAGGCAGCUCUCUGCCUGGGUUUCCUGAGGCCCUGCAGCAACACCGCCCAAGAGUUCUUGUUGCAGUGCCUAUAUCAAGGGCCCAAGUCCCAGCGGAUGAAGGCACUUAGGAUGCUGGUCAAGAUGAUGCACAUACACUCAACUGCAAUCACCAAGGCCAUUCUGGAGCAGCUAUGUUCUUCUGAUGCCCUUGAGGAUCGUUUUGAAGCCACCCAGAUGCUCAAGACCAUUGGGCUGGAGCAGAUCCAGGAACAGGGACUAGAGGAACUCACAUUUGACUUGCUCAAGAGGAAGACACACAAUGAGCCCUUCCUUGCAGUGAGGCAGGCUGUGGCUGAAACAGUGGAAGAGCUCAAGAUGAAGCCUGUGAUGAUGAACAUGGUGGAGGAGGAACUGAAGAGCCCAGAUGCCACUCUCCGCCAAGAAGCAGUCAUCUCUUUGGGAGUCCUUGGGAUCCGCAACAUCCAAGUGUUCCACUUGCUUCUGGACAUGCUAGAUGCAGAAGAGAACCAGAAUGUGAAGAAAAGUCUACAAGAAACAUUAAUUGUUUGGGCCUCAACCUAUCCACGGAUCUACAAAAGGCUGAACAACAGAGUUUUCUUUAUCUAUGAGACAGCUAAAACAGUGAAGGCAGAGCCUACAAGGUUUCGGAAGGAGCCUAUGGACCCAGAGGAAGAGUUAUGUAUCCAAGAUUUUCGGCGUGCUAAGCUAAACCCCUUGUUUAUUGCAAAGUCCUGCAAGAAGGUGGGCCAAAAGGAAAAACUACCUUCCUCCCCACUUUGCUUCUUUAAACCACAAAAGCAAAGGCCACCAGCUACAGGGUCAUGGAAGCCAAAAUGUAGGAAGCAGCUCCGAAACUUGCUGAAAUCUCAAAAUAAGUUUGGUUUUCGGGCCUGA